CUCGCCGCCGGCGCCACCGCGCCGUCGCGCCGCCAUGCUCCGCCUCCGUCUCCGAUGGCGCGCCCUCUCCCAGCUCCUCUCGGCCCCCUCCGCCUCUCCCAUCUCCCAGCUCCUCGGCUAUCACAGCCGCCUCCUCUCCGCGGCCGCGCCCGCCGUUUCCACCAACCAUAGCUUCGCCGUCGAGGACUACCUCGUCUCUACCUGCGGGCUUCCCCAAGCGCAGGCCCUCAAGGCCUCCCACAAGCUCGCCCACCUCAAGUCCCCAGCCAAUCCCGACGCCGUCCUCGCCUUCCUCGCCGGCCUCGGCCUCUCCGGCGCUGAUGUGGCCGCCCUCGUCGCCAGGGACCCCCGGUUCCUCUGCGCCGGCGUGGGGACAAUACUGGCCCCCAACGUCGCCGCGCUCACCGGCCUUGGUCUCGCGUGCUCUGACAUCGCGCACCUCCUCUGGCACGCCCCCGGCAAGUUCCAUCGUCCCCAAUAUACACUACUGCCUUGUGCAUCUUCGGGUCCUACGAGAAUCUCCUCUCUGCUAUCAAGCGCAAAUCCUACAUUCUGUCGUCCGACCUCGACAGGGUGGUCAAGCCCACUGUCGCGCUCCUGCGAGAGUUUGGGAUUGGUCCUUGUGAUAUUGCCAAGCUGUGUGCCGCUCAACCAUGGUUGCUCACCUGCAACGUAGAGCGUAUCCGGGCGAUGGCGGUGAGCGUCGAAGGUCUGGGUGUGCCCCGUGGAUCUGGGAUGUUUAGGCAUGCGCUGAAUGCUGUUGCUUUCAUCAGCGAGGAGAAAAUCGCCGCCAAAGUGGAGCACUUGAAGAAAACAUUCAGGUGGUCGGAUGCUGAGGUGGGCAUUGCUAUUUCUAAGGCUCCAAAUGUGCUGAACAAGACUAAGGAGUUUCUGCAGAGAAGGUCAGAGUUCCUCAUCUCUGAUUUGGGGUUGGAGCCCGCAUACAUUGCUCAUCGCCCCGUAAUGCUCUCGUACAGCCUGGAGGGCCGGCUAAGGCCCCGGAGCUACGUUGUGAAGUUUCUUAAGGCAAAUGGAUUGCUAGAUCCCGACCGGGACUUGUAUUCCGUGCUUGUACUGACUGAGAAGGUAUUCAUGGAGAAGUACAUAUGCCCUCACAAGGAAGCUGCACCAUGCCUCGCUGGAGACUAUGCUGAUGCUUGCAAAGGGCUAAUGCCGACUAAUUUCAGAUUUACAUGAAGCAAGGAUGGGUUAUGGAAAUCGGUAACUGUGUAUGGCAUGACAGUUUUCACCAUUCAUAGUAAGCUGGUAAUCUAUUUGGGACUGAAGCAUGAUCAACAAUGAAUUAGUCUCAUCAUUUACAUCUGUCAUAGUUCGUCAGAACUAGAGAGACGGCCCUGAUAUAUGCUGUGAAGUUUCUCAAGGAAAUGGGUUGCUCAAGCGCAACCUGAGCUACAAUGCCGUUUUCAUGGUGACUGAGAAGGUUUUCAUUGAAAAUUUUCAUAUUGCCCUCACAAGGAAGCUGCCCCGCACCUCGCUAAAGAAUAUGCUGCCACUUGCAGAGGGGAAGUGCUAUCUAAUUUCAUUUUUUUUUCUUGGAAUACUUUUUUCUAGAAAUCUGAUCUCAAAACUGACAGCAUUUAUUUUGCCGCUAGCUGUUUCUGUUAUGAAAAGAAUACUUGGCUGUUCCCCUGAUACUUAGAAUUUUGGCUACCAUUGGAAAGCUUUAUAUUACUUUGCAGUAUUAAAUGAACUUUAAAUGCAUUAUAUAUCUUGAGGACUACUAGGACUGAAGUUGUAGCCGUUGGGUGCAUUUUAUGCCAAUAUCCACACAUACAGGUUAAACUUGGACUCUUGGAGUUAACAAGUUGCCAUUGCGGUUGACACACUUGAGUUAUUUUUCCCUUGUUUCUUUGAUUUGUGUCACUCCUGUUUGCACACAAACCCACGUUAUGGUUGAGUAGAUAAUUAGAGGCGACAUGAGCUGGUCGCUCUUCAUCUCGUAGCACAAGGAAAAAGAGUCCUGGGAUGCAGGAGGUGAUGAUGGUUCAUGUAGCAUUACUACUGGGUUCAAUUCCAUUACGCACAUGGUACAGCAUAUCAGUCGAAUUAGAGAGGGAUUGAUCCUUGCCUGGCUACCACGGGACUUGGGUAUAUUCAUUCUGUGUGCUAAGUGCUAACUAGAGAAGACAUGUCAUGAGUGCACAUAGGCUGCACUUAUUGAACAGGGGAUGUUUACCUGGAAAUAUUGGUUUACUCUAAUCCACCCAGACCCGGUCUUCAUUUUACUGAAUUUAUAUUAGAUGUAGCCUUCUUUCUACUGGGAGAUGUUGGAUGCAGACGCACACCGGAUGAAUGAGGCAGAGGAUCGGCCUCGCUUCGCGGCACACCGCAGAUGCAUACCGCAGUCAGAUUCCACUGCUCAAAGUUUUCGAUUGAGAUUAUGGUUUAUCGAGCUACAGUGGUGCAGUGCUGUGAUGCACUGAGCUUUUAGUGGUGCAUACAAAUGGGAAUUGUGGCGGCGGCUUGUCAUGAUCUCCAGUGCUUUGCUUAUAUGCUUACUGCCAUGGAAUUAUUUGUGGGAAUCCAUUGACAUCAUUCAGUCACUUGACUCAAAAGACAGCAGCACUGCAUUGCAUCCUCUUUUAUUCUUUCUUUUGAUUGUUGUGGUUGCCCAACAAGUUAUCUCUCAGAUUAUCGCUUUCAGUGCAAACCGGAGUAGAUUCAUUAAUUUAGAGUAGAUGGAGCUUCUUUUUCAUCUGAAAGACACCCUACAUUUCAGAAGAUACAUACACCUACAGUUUCAGCAGUGAAGUUCUGUUUCCAGUUGCAAUAAGCUUGGUUACUUAUCAGCUGAGUAUAGUAGUGGAGAAGUGGAGAUUGACUGGUGUAGCAUCUGGAUGGACGUGUUAAACAUACUAUGGUGCACCCGGCGCAUGAGGUAGUUAGGAUAGAUAGAUAGAUUGUUUUCCUUUCUCUCUAAGUUCUAUCUCUUCCUUGAAUAUCUCUCUCUUUUGUAAUCUCAACAAUGUAUGCGCUAUGGUUGGGAGGUGCGCCCCAACUCUAUAUAACACGAACCCGUCGGCCUCAAUAGGCUAAGACGUUUCCAGCUAUUGCA